AUGGCUGAUAAGUAUUUAAGAGUUGACAAGACUCAAGACAAGCUCCCAGAGAAUGAAAUUAGAGUCAAGAGAGGCCCAGGUAUCGGAAGAUACUUGAGAAGAGCCAACGAACUAUUGACUGGCAAGGUUCAAGGUCAAGAUUCAGUUGUCAUUAGAGGUGUUUCUAACGCAAUGGAGAACGUAGUCAAGUUGGCUGAGCUCGUCAAGCAUAGAGUUGCAAAACUUCACUAACUUAAUGAGAUCUCAAAUGUGACAAUUAUUGACGAAUACGAACCACUCGAAGAGGGUCUUGAUCAUCUCAAAUUCGAAAGAAAUGUAACCAUGCUCACCAUUACCCUCAGCAAAAACAACCUCGAUAAAGGUGUAGGCUAUCAAGAACCAAUCCCAGAGGAUCAAGUUAAGGCAUACAACGAGAGAUCUUCCGAAGGUGGAGAUCAAAGAGGAGGCUACAGACCCAGAGGUGGUAGAGGUGGCUUCAGAGGAGGCAGAGGCGGCUUCAGAGGUGGUUUCAGAGGAACCAGAGGAGGCAGAGGUGGCUUCAGAGGUGGAGAUAGAGACGACAGAAGAGUUGGAGAUAGAGAUACCUACGAUAGACCCCCAAGAUAAUACGACAAUGAAGAGAGACCAAGAAGAGGCAGAGGUGGCUAUAGAGAUGACAGAAAUGCUGAAGGUGAAGAAAGACCAUACAGAGGUAGAGGUGGCUACAGAGGAGAUAGAAAUGUUGAUGGUGAAGAGAGACCAUACAGAGGUAGAGGUGGCUACAGAGGUGAUAGAAAUGUUGAUGGUGAAGAAAGACCAUACAGAGGUAGAGGUGGCUACAGAGGUGAUAGAAAUGUUGAAGGUGAAGAGAGACCAUUCAGAGGUAGAGGUGGCUACAGAGGAGAUAGAAGAGAAGGAGAAGAAGGUGGUGAGAGAUAAGCCAGAGGUGGUUAUAGAGAAAAUAACUACGAAAACAGAUCAUCAAGAUAUGGCAGAGGAGAAAGAAGAGAUUAUGCCGAAGGCGAAAGCAGACCAUACAGAGGAAGAGGUGGCGACAGAGGUGGAGAUAGACCAUUCAGAGGUACCAGAGGAACCGGUCCAAGAGAACCAAGAGAGCCAAAAGAAUGA